AUGAAUAUAGAUCUGAAUUCACUUCCUCCAGAGUUUCAAUCUAAAUUGCUGGUUUUACAAAAUGAGUUAGCUGAGGGUUACAUCACGCAAAAAGGGUUUGAAAAAUCAAGAAAUGAUAUAUUACAGGAGUAUAGGCAACAAUUAUCUAGUUCUUUUCAUGAUGAUCAAUCAUAUUAUGAAGAAUUUGCUUCGACUUUGCCAAUUCAAAAUUUGCAAAUAUCUGGUCUAGAUUCAAACGAAGCCGCAUCUUUUGAUGAUAGUGAUUAUGAAAAUGAAAUUAAUCAAUCACAGUUUUCUUCUUCACCAAAUGAAUUUUAUUCUGAACAAUAUUACCCUAGACAAUCAUCAUCUCCGAUACCACCGCCGCCUCCUGAUAUUUAUUAUAAUAAUGCUGUAAGCGCUGAUUUUGAUAGGGCGAGAGCGCAUAAUCGCAAUCUAAGUUCUGAUUCAGCCAAUUUACGUAGGAAUGAAUCUCAACAACUAAAACCCAGAGACUCUACAAGAAUACCACCACAAAAUCAUGCGCAAAUUAAUUAUGGACCAUCGCCAUCAACACAACAUCAUCCGAUGUCACAACGCCCACCACCACCACAUAUAUAUCAAUCAACAUUAUAUCCCAAUAAUGGUAAUAAUGGAGUUGGUCCAAAAAUCAUAAAUAAUCAUCCUUUUGGACCUCCUAUCAGGCCUACUAUCCAUCCGUCACGUCCACAAAGACAACCUUCCAUUAGACCACCAUCAGAAAAUACAAAUAUUAUUAGAACGCCAUCAUCUUAUAUUCCAAAUACUGAUAUUAUUAAUAGAACUAAACCAGUCUAUGAAAAUCAAUUUGACAGAACAUUGAGUUUAACAGCAGGUAGAAAUCAUGUCACGGAUGAUAAUGGCAGCAUUAAAGAUUUUACUAGAAUUAAUGAUGAAUUUGACGAUAAUACAUCAAUUAGAUCUAAUCGAUCAACUUUCAUUGAUUUUCAAAAUGGAAAUUCUAAUAAAUUUGAUACAAUGAUUGGACCUGAUGAUAGACCUAUUGGAAGAAAUGCGGGGGACAGAAUGUCAUUCUAUAAUAAUAAGAUAUAUUCAGGAAUCUUGGAUGCAUUACCAAAUCAUGAUCCAGAACUAGUAAAAUUAGCAGGGCUACAAUUCAUGCCGUUUGAACAAAGAGAAUUACAUUUUGAAAACAUUGAUCCGCUUAAUCCAUUACAAUCUUUGUCCGUCUUUACAGAUAUAGCAUCUAUUUUAAGAUAUAGAGGGCAAUCGACACCUAAUCAGACAGCAUAUAUAGUUGUGGAUUCAAAAGGCAGAGAGGUUGGUGAUAUGACAUGGAAAAAGUUACAUUUAAGAGCAGAAAAGUUGGCCCAGAUCAUCACAAGAGAAGGUGGAUUGAUGAAAGGUGAUCGAGUAGCAUUGAUUUACCGUAAAACUGAAAUUUUAGAAUUCUUGGUGGCAAUGUUUGGAUGUUUUUUCGCUGGUGUUGUGGCCGUGCCAAUUAAUACCGUAGAUGAUUUUAAAGAAUUGUUAUUUAUACUAGAGAGCACAAAUACUAAAUUAGCCUUAACAACAGAACAAGUUCAUAAAGUUUUUACAAGGGAUUUGCAAGCACAAAAAAAAGAAUUGCCUGCAUCAGUGUUAUGGUGGAAAACCGACAAUUUUGGAAUACUAAGUUUGAAAAAAAAUGAGGAAUUAAAUGAAAUAAAUUUGGCAGACUUGGCAUAUAUCGAAUACACCAAAAGCCCUAAUAGUGAACUAAAAGGUGUAGCAAUAAGCCAUAGAACUAUUAUUUCACAAUGUUCUGUAAUGAGAGGUUCAGUCGUUGACAAUAUAAUUAGAGAUCAAUUAAUUGACAAAAGACAAAUGCAACAACAAAAUCCUUUGGGUGUAUCAUACGAUAGUAAUGCCUUAGGCAUGGGAAAGUAUGGACCUUUAUAUGAUAUUGUCUUAAGUUAUUUAGAGCCUAGACAGCAGGUUGGAAUAUUAUUAACUGCUUUUUGGGGAGUUUAUUGUGGUAAUAUCACAAUAUUUUUGGCUAGCACAGGACCUGAUGUACCCGGUCUUUGGACUAAUUGUUUAUCAAAAUAUAAAGUUACAAUUGCGUUGGCUGAUUAUCCAGGAUUAAUGCCAAUGGUUAAAUCAUUUAAAACUGAUCCAUCCGCAACAAUUAAUUAUAAUAAAAAACAACCACUAGAUUUAAGGGCAUUGAGAUUUUUAUUUAUCGAUACAUUAGUAAUAAAUGUUGAGAAAAAUGAUGACAUAAUAGAAAAUUUUUUAAGUAGAUUAGGUGUAAAAAAUCCAGCUGAUGUAUUAACUCCAUUAAGUAGUUUACCAGAACAUGGUGGUAUGGUAUUAUGUUUUGGAGACUUAUUAGGUGUGCCUGGAUUAGAUGAUAGAAAUGAAGGUGAAAGAGGCGUAGUAGAAUUUUUGUUAGAUAGAGAAGAAUUAAAAUCUAACAAAAUAAUGGUUGUCGGUAUGGGAGAAGAGCAAUGCAGAAAACGAAGCGGAGAUAAAACACUCAUGAGAGUUGGUGCAUUUGGAUUUGUUAUGCCUGAAGCCACGAUAGCAAUUGUGGACCCAGAAACGACUGCAUUUUGCCUACCUAAUACAGUCGGAGAAUUAUGGGUGGAUUCGUCUUCAUUAUCAGGUGGUUUUUGGAAUUUACCAAAACAUACAGAAUCGAUAUUUCAUGCAAGACCAAUAUUUGUAUCAAGUGAAACCAGUAUACCAGAAUAUUUUGAACAAGAAUUUUUAAGAACAGGGUUAUUAGGAACAUUAAUCAAUGGACAAUUGGUGAUAUUUGGAUUAUAUGAACAAAGAAUUAGACAAUUGGUUGAACCAGUACCAGAAGAUAGUGUCAAGGUUCUAAGGGUUGUUAAUCCUAAUGUAGUUAAUAAAUGGAAAUUCCAUUAUACGCCGGAUUUAGAAAAUACUGUAUUGAAUAAUAUUGAUGCUAUAAUAUUAUUAGGAGAAUCAUUAUAUUCAUUAGAUAAACUACCAAAAGUAUCAGAUGAUGUUUAUAAUAUAUUGUUAGAAAAUCAUGGUGUAAAAAUCUAUUGUAUAGGCAUAUGUCAACAAGGUUCUUUGCCUAGAACUUGGAAAAAUGGAAAGCAUUUAGUCAAUCCAUUAUAUUGUAAAAAAUUUUACGAGCAUGGAAAAUUAAAUUUUACAUACAUUAAAACAAAUGUUCAUGAGACCGUUUAUAAUUUGCCUGUGGGAGAAGAUACUAUGGCUGGAAUUUGGGGCCCAAAUGCAAUGGCAGCUAGACAGGAACAAUUAAGCAGUAGUGCUUCACCUAUCAUCAAAAGACCACAAAUAACAGGGAUAGAACAUACUGAAGAAGUUCUAGAUGAAAGAACAGGAUUAAAUCUAUUGAAAUUCCGUAGCAUAAUUGAUGUAUUGUUAUGGCGUACACUAAUUUCACCAGAUGAAACAUCGUACAAUGUAUUAGAUAAUAAAGGUAAAGAAGGUAAACCUAUAUCAUGGAAAAAAUUAAAUAUAAAAAUAGCAAUGAUAGCAAAUUAUUUACAAAAAAAAGGGUCAAAAGCUAAUGAUACCGUCAUAUUGAUAUAUCCACACGGAAUUGAUUUUGUUUGUGCGGUAUAUGCAUGUAUGGUAUUGGGUAUUGUUAGUAUACCAAUACCACAAAUAGAAAUUUCUAGAUUAAGUGAAGAUAUUCCGGCAUUGUUUGGAAUCAUUGAUGAAUUCAAAGUUAGCAAUAUACUAGUUAACACAGACACAGAGAAUAUUUUAAAAAGCAAGACAGUUCAAAACUUUUUGAAAACAAUGUCAACAACACCUAAUAGUAGUACUGGUUCAACCAAUAACAGAGAUAGCGUUGGCAUGAAUUUUACAAGUAAUGGAAAAUUACCAGCCUUAAUUAAUACAACAAAAGCGCCAAAAUACACAAAAACGCUUAAAGAAUCUAAUUAUUUGUUACAAGAAGAAUGGAUAAAUCCAAAUCAUACGGCGGUCAUAAUGUGUUAUUUCAGUUCAGACCAUGGAAAGUCGUGUGUUAGGUUGAACCAUCAGAACUUACUGGCAUUGUGUAAGGUACAAAAAGAAACUUGUAGAUUGACCACUACAAGAGCUAUAGUUAGCAGCGUCAGAAGUACAUGCGGUAUUGGAUUUGUUCAUACAUUAUUAAUAGGAGUUUAUCUUGGAUCACCAACUAUAAUAAUUACACCAAAUGAUUACUCUGAAAAUCCUUUAAUCUGGUUUGAAACAUUAUCGAAAUUUAAAAUUAAAGACACUUAUGCAACAUUUCCAAUGUUACAACAUGCUAUGAAGAUUUUUGAAACCGUUGAUUAUAAAAGUUUUUCUUUACAACAUUUGAAAAAUUUAAUGAUACCGAUUGAUACAAGACCAAACGCUAAUCUAUAUAAAAAAAUUGUUCGAACAUUUUUGACGAAUAGAUUGGAUGAUGUAUCAGUGAAUUAUAUAUAUAGUCAUGUGUCUAAUCCAAUGAUAACAACAAGAUCAUACAUGUGUGUUGAACCAAUUGAAUUGUAUUUAGACUUAAAAAGUUUAAGACGUGGUAUAGUAAGAGUGGUCAAUCCUGCAGAUGAGCCCUAUGGAGUUUUACUGCAUGAUUCUGGAAUGGUACCUGUUUCUACACAAGUAGCAAUCGUACAUCCAGAAACAAGAAGGCCGUGCCUAUCAAAUGAAUUUGGUGAGAUUUGGGUUUCAUCGGAUGCAAAUGCUAAAUCUGCAUUGUUAAACAAUGAUCCAUUGGAACAUGAAAGAUAUAAUGCAGUAAUAGAUGGUGGUGAUCAACGUUUAAAAUAUUUAAGAACAGGAGAUUUGGGAUUUUUAUAUACAGUACAUAGGCCUGUUGGUGAAGGCGGUGCAUUAGUAGAAUUUCAAUGUUUGUUCUUUUUGGGACCAAUAGCCGAGACAAUCGAGGUUAAUGGGUUAAUGCAUUUUCCUGUUGAUGUUGAAUUUACAGUUGAAAGAUGUCAUCAGCUUGUAAAUCCUAGUUUAAUAGUACCUGAUGGAUGUGUAAUAUUUCAAGCAAAUGAUGAAACAAUUUGCGCGGUAGAAGUGAGAUCAGUUGAUGGAUUAUUGAAUUUAAUACCUUGUAUAAUAAAUUCAAUAUUAGAUGAACAUCGAUUUAUAAUUGACGUUGUAGCUUUUGUCAGUUCUAAUAAUAUGCCUAGGUCAAGACUAGGUGAAAAGCAAAGAGCCAAAGUUAGAGCAGCUUGGUGGACUGGUAAUUUGGCAACAUUACAUAUUCAUCAUGUAAAACCAUAUACAACGUCGACAAACAAUCCUCGAAGGAAUUAUGGUAAUAACUUUUAUAACCCACAACAACAGUUAUACGCAUCACGAUCUACAACUUCAUUGGCAACUAUACCUAAAUAA